AUGGACGGUGUCAAGGAAUCCCACUGCCCCAUCUGUAGGAAGGCAUACAAAUAUUUUCCUGCUAUCUGCCAACUGCUCCAUAAUCUUCUCCGGAAAUCAAAACCAGCAGAUUACAAGAGGAGGGAAGAAGAAGUGCUCAGUGAGCUCUCAGAAUCCAGAGAUUUAAACGAAUAUACUGCACGAAUAUUUAAUUUUAUGCGAAAAUGAUUUGUUUUAUGUGGUUUUAUUUUGUCUUGAUUACUAAUUUGGUCGUUUUAAUUGCCGUGAAUGGACAAAAUGGAUCACUUAUUUCUCAACGCAUUUCACUUUCAGAGAUGCUCUGCCUUCUGAAUUACGGAUAAAUCCAUUAAAUCAAGCCAUACGACCAAAUUUAGGCUCUUCUUAUGAUGAAAAUUCUGUUCUAUUCCUCAAAUGUGGAGGAUGAGAAAAGGAUUUGACUAGAAAGAAAUAGAUUUUCUGACUAAUUGACCAUAUUGAGGGAGAGUAGAAUGUUUUCACGAGAUGGCCGUGUAAAUUUUGGUUCUUGAACGGGAUCUUUGUUGUUGCAUCACUCUACUCUGACACCAGCUUGCUUGUACUCAUCCCUUACCGGUCACAUAAUAUUCCUUUAUUAUAGCAUAUUUAGCGAUAAAAAAAAACAUAUCUCUUUGGAUGGAGUUACUCAACUGCGAGCUCCUGGAUGAAGGCUCCUGUCGAUCGAAGGCCACCUCCUUUUAGAAGGAAAAAACACUCAAGAAACCCAGUUGCCUAUUGUAGCUUAACAUGUGUGUCGGUUGCUUGAUUUCAUGGUCAGUGUUUUAUUUUUUGCAAAAUUUGGAUACCAAUCCUUUCUAGAUCAGCUAACAUCAGAAGACACUUUGCAACUGGUUUUAUUGUUUCCACUUUUAGUAUAUUUCAGCACCACCCUUCUUAUGCUCUGAACUUACCUCAUUGUAUCAUCCCUCAGGAAUAGAAAGGGAGAAAAACUGUUUCUCUCAGUUUAUCGAGGAUGCUCCCUGCCGUAAGUAGCAAUUCUCUCUCUCUCUCUCUCUCUCUCUCUCUCUCUCUCUCUCUCUCUCUCUCUCUCUUUCUAUUCCAUCUCUUUUCUGUGCCUUGUUCGUCUCUAAUUUCCAUAAAUUUUUGAGGGGCUUCUCUUGUGGAGGAAAGUGCCGCUGACUUUGUACAUUUGCCGCCGUUUCCAGGCGCGAACGGAGAGUCCCCACGAGAUGACCUCAGCGGAGAAGCCUCCACAAAACUUUCUAUUUCUGAUGCUCUCUGCGCCGGUUGUGGACAGUUGCUCUUCCGCCCCACAGUCCUCAACUGUGGACACAGUGAGACCUCCUCAUUCCCGCCACUGUCGAUCCCAUCCGGGUCCCCUCUGCUCAUCCUUCCCUCCGUGCUCUUCGACUCCCAGCCUACUGUGAGCCGUGUGUUGUGAGCCUGGGGAGAGCGCCUCUCAGAUGCCGAGUCUGCCAGGGAGUGCACCCCGGGGAGCCGCCGCAGGUUUGCCUCCAUCUGGAUGCUUUCUUGGAGAACCAAUUCCCCGAUGAGUAUGCCUCUAGAAGAGCAUUUCUCCAAGCCAGACUCCCUUCUAGUAAGCAAUCUCUCUCUCUCUCUCUCCAAACUCUAGAAUUUGCAUGUGCCUUAGCGUGGGAGGUUAGAGAGAGAGAGAGAGAGACUGCGAAAACAAUUUUUUGAGGGAGUAAUUUGGGAACAAUUUGGCCCCAAAGGUAUGAUUUAUGGUGUAAAUUUAUUGGGCUAGUGCCAGACGGAUUCAUUUACUAAUGAUAAUCAUCGAAAAUUAUAUUUUAUGUUAAUGUGAUCCCAGGUGCCUCACAAGCUGAGCAACCCGUCGGGCCCUCCAAGCAGGAGGACUCACAGCCUGCGUCCACGGAGCAGGUGCUUAUGCUUCAUUACAAUGUCGGAUGCGACUCGUGCGGGGUGAGCCCUCCUAUCCUCUUGAGAUAAUCCAUCAUUCUUCGCCCUCCUGAACUCACUUGGGCUGUGCGGUUGCUCCCUCCCUGCUUGCAGAUGUACCCCAUACUUGGGAAGCGGUACAAGUGCACGGACUGCCAGGACGAGAUAGGCUUCGACCUCUGCGAGGCCUGCUACGAGGCCCGCUCUAACUUCCCUUCCCGCUUCAACCAGCGGCACACCCCCGGCCACGCCUUCGUGCUGGACGACUCCCAUAUGUUCGUGGUGCGGCGGCCCUGA